GCAGUAUGGCGAGCACACUAGCCCAUCGAAGGCGGAUGAAUCCAGGUAGCCUCAAGUUACGUCGUUUAACCCAAGCGUAUCUCACCCCAUUUCAACGUUCGAAAACUGAGGAAGACACUGUUGAUUCCAAAAUUGACCAUAUUUAUGGUAUAGUUCACGAUUUGAUACUCGAUUACCAAAGUGUAACCACUGGCCUCUUUCCGAGGUACUCGAGAGAUCGUGAUGUUGGCUAUGUGAAGGACAGUAUUUAUUGUGCAAUUGCAAGCUGGGCAUGUUCGAUUGCGUAUAAGAGACUAGACGAUGAACGUGGCCGACAAACGGAACUUCGACAGUCUGCGGUGAAAACCAUGCGGGGUAUCCUAUUUUGUUGGAUGCAACAAAGUGAAAGCCUGAAUGCGUUCAAAUCCAACAAUUCUGCGGAACACGCACUUCGCGCUAGAUUCGAUCUUCACACUGGGAUGUGUUUGAAUCGUCCCAAUGAGAGUCUGUAUGGUCAUAUGCAAAUGGAUUUGGUUGCACUGUAUUUGUUGGUUCUGGUUGAAAUGAUUGCUAGUGGAGCCAAGAUCAUUUACACUCAUCACGAGGUCAACUUCGUGCAAAACCUGGUGUUUUACAUAGAACGAACCUACCGAACCCCUGAUUUCGGUAUGUGGGAAAGAGGUACCCGCUACAACAACGGAAAAACUGAGAUCCACGCAAGCAGUUUGGGUAUGGUAAAGGCUGCUCUCGAAGCCAUUAAUGGUUUUAACGUUUUUGGAGCAUCUGGACACAGUGCUUCAGUAAUUUAUGUGGACAUUGAUGGACACAACAGAAACCGAACAACCUUUGAAACAAUUCUACCGCGAGAGAGCAAUUCGAAGAACACUGAUGCUGCACUCCUCAUGGCCGUAGGAUGGCCUGCAUUUGCUUCUCAUAAUGAGCAGCUAAUCGAGAAAACCGUGCAGAAAUGUGUGCGUCGACUAGAAGGGAAAUUCGGUGUUCGAAGGUUCCUCCGAGAUGGGUAUCAUUGUGAACUCGAAGACAACACUCGAAUUCACUAUGAGGAACAUGAGACAUCGCGUUUCCAUGGUGUUGAAAGCCAAUUUCCGAUGUUCUUCGCAUACCUGAGCUUAACAGCCUAUUUUCGUGGAGACCAGGAUCAUGCUGAUAAAUAUUACGAAAAACUUCAAAAUCUGCUGGUUAAUGACGACGAAGUGACGGGAGGAAUGGUGGUUCCUGAAUGCUAUUGCGUUGACGAAUGCUACAUGGACCGCGAACGCGCAAAUCCAAAUUCAACGGAUCUUUAUCCGGUGAAUCCUCAGGAAUUUGGACAUCAUUUAUGGAGCAAUGCCGUCUACAUAGUCCUAUUACUUGUCCGUCAGGGCCUCAUUCAUAAAUCAGACUUGGAUCCUAUCAACCGGCAUUUACCCGCUUCGCAACGCCCUAUGCAGUUCAAACGGCAUUCUGAGUUUCAAGUAAAUGGUUUACUAUCACUCACUGUGUUCAGCACUCAAAGAGACCUUCAGGGAAGCAUGGAAGGCGAUCCCGUUGUACAGAUAGCUCUGUUGGCAGAGUCUAUCCAUCUUCAAAUGACGCUUUCUACAUAUGGUAUUAGCUGCCAAACGCCCCAUGAGGUUGAACCUAUUCAGAUUUGGCCUAGUUGGAGAAUGGUUAAGCUGUUCGAGUGUCUUGGAAGGGAUGAGAAGUUGGGGCUCAGUGGAAGACCUCCCCGACCAUUCGGGCCUUUGAGUACUUCUAAGGUGUUCCGCGUUUUCGGAGAUACCGUUUUGUGUUAUCCGAUUCUAUUCGAGGUUAAAGACUUCUACGUAAAUUCCGAUCCAGCUGUAUUGAUCGAUGAUAUCAAGCGAGACAUUGAAUUUGUUGCAAAGCGAUGGAAACUGGCUGGACGACCGACUAUGUGCCUUCUGCUGCGAGAGGAGAACAUAGUUGGAGAGUAUUUUGAUCACAUUUUGGACCUUCUCGUACAACUAAAAACUGGCCAUGUUGACGGGAUUCGAGUUCGGCUGGGAAGACAACUACUGAAUACGAGUUGUAUUGAGCACAUUGACUUCGCUUCGUCCGAUGACGUUGAGUUCGAUAUUGAUGUCCUCGAAGAAAAGGAUAGCAAUGAUCAGAUUCUCUCACGUAAUAGCCUUCUUGACGUUGUAGAUGAUGAAACCACCGAGGAGAAGGACGUGCAAAAACUUUCUGAUGAGGAGCUUUGCGAAAUUAUUCGUAAGGAUGACGUUGAUCGUCCGAGAUUGAUGGCGUUCACACUGACGGCCAUGUGGACGAGGCGUCAUCCAGAAACCCCUAUUCACGGCUGUUCCAUUCGCGAGCGUAUGGAACGCCUGUACCGUAGGGUGUGUCAGCUACGUUUGUGGUGGUUGGUACGUUAUUGUGCAGGCCGCCUACGGAAAGCUGUGAAUAGUUUGGCUCCUGGUAUUACAAAUAUGUUGGUUAGAGGAAAGCAGGUGACUCUUGGAGUUCGGAGUGUGCGCGAAGUGGUGAUAUGCCGUCCAAUUUCACCUGGAGAACUAGUGGAUACAUUAUUUUCGUGCUGCCCUCAAGAUGAGCCACACGUAGCUGUUAUGCAGCAAGAGCUAAUCAUCGCGUGUUCCGACUUGGUUUGUAUCGUUUGUUUUUCUUUUUUUAUUGGAGCCUGA